AUGAUUCCUGCCGCUUUAGAGUAUAUGCGUAAUGUCGGCGAUUCUGAGUUGCAUCAGUCCGCUACAGCCGGUCUUUUCUUCGAUAACAUUAGAGAGACUCUGGUGUAUGAGAGUUUCGAACUUUCUCAUGCGAGGAGUGUUAAUCUGAACAGUUCAGAGCCAUUGAAGUUCGUCGUCUUCGGGCUGAAUCUCAGAAACGAUCGGAUUCUCUUCUUACAUGGAAAAUUUGUGUUCCGGUGGACUGCUAGCCCCCCUGGUGGACAUCACACGUCUUCCACAGCGUGCAUCAGGGGCAAGGAUUUGCAGUGGGAGAACGGAGAAGCAAGUUGUGUACGAGGUGCUUUAGUACCUAUAAUUGCGGGGUUUUCUUCUGCAACAUUGACAACCGCUGGUAAAGCGCCGCUGGUGCCAGCGCUCUUCAUCUUUGGAGACUCCCUUGCCGAUCCGGGCAAUAACAAUCACCUCAUUUCCCUCGCCAAAUCCAAUCAUCCACCAUAUGGGCGUCAAUUCGACACGCACAUGGCCACUGGACGAUUUACAAACGGACGAACUGCUGUGGAUUUUUUAGCGGAAGAAUUGGGGCUGCCUUUGGUGCCACCUUUUCUGGAUUCAUCAACUAAGGGACAAAAACUGCUUCAAGGAGUGAACUACGCCUCUGCUGGAUCAGGCAUUCUUAACUCCACCGGCAUGUUCUUCGGGGAGAUAAUCACGACAUGGAAACAAUUAGAAUACUUCCGGGAUUCGACGCAACCAGAAAUCUAUAAACUGCUCGGUAAGAAAGCUGGCGAAGAUUUUUUCCGUAAAUCGAUCUUCUACUUAAUCUCUGGAAGCAACGAUUUUGUCAAUGGUUACUACUUCCUUAUCCCCACUACCCCACAUGGUAUAUCCAUCCAAGAUCUCAUGCAGCUACUCAUAAGUACCGUAUCCAGUCAAUUAAAGGUUUUGUACGAUUUGGGUGUUCGCAAGGUAGGAGUCGCUGGACUAGCACCUCUGGGGUGUUGUCCUUCGCAAAUCACCAAAUACAACCUCACGGCUGGCAAUUGCGUCGAGUUUCUUAAUGACGUUAGCGAAAAAUAUAACGACGCUCUGAAGAACAUGCUCUUACAACUGAGAGAGGAGCUCGAGGAUUUCCAUCUUGUGUACAGUAAUUUGUAUGAUCCGCUCAUGGAAGCAAUCAACAACCCAGCCAUGUAUGGUUUCAACUUCACACAUGCUGCCUGCUGCGGAGUAGGUAAGCUCAAUGGCAAAUUCAUCUGCAUACCCUAUUCCCGUCCUUGUGAUGAUCCGCAGCACCAUAUUUUCUUUGACUACUACCACCCCACCAGCAGAAUGUACGAUCUUAUUUUCCGCAAGGUUUAUUUCAAUGGACCACCUUUUAGCAUUCCAUACAGUGGACAAUUCUUGGUCAACUUGACUAUCUAAGCUUCCAGUUGUCUAAUCGAGCAAUCUCGUAAAACUUCGCGAGGCAUUAGUCUUAAUUCAGGGUGACAUGAGCUUGAAAGAUAUAGACAAGUCCAGCAAGAACAGAUAAGGUUCGGUCAUUUAAGAAAGCAUUCUGGCGGUGAACCGCAAUACAUCUGAGCAAAAGGUACUCCAUCUAAUAAUGAGACAUAAAGAGCUUAUACA